AUGGCCGACUUCCCCAUCGACACCGCCCAGAUCGUCGCCCUCUUCCUCGAGUCCGUCCUCUACGGCGUCUACCUCGUCACAUUCGUCGCCUGCCUCCGCGUCCUCCUCAUCGCCCCCGCCGCCGCCGCCGCCUCCCACCCCGCCUACCCCUCCCUCCACCUCCCCCCGCCCAGCCACCACACCCACAGCGCGAGCCCCUACAACGGCUACGCGACCUCCUUCUCGCUGCGCGACUACUUCAAGCCCCUGCGCCACAUCAACACCCCCAUGCUCCUCGCCGCGCUCCUCAUGCUCGUCUUCGCGACCCUCGACGUCGCGUUCGGCCUCCACAACAAUAUCCUGGCGUUCGUGAAGACGCCGCCCGUGGUGAUUGGCGCGGAUGGCGCGGAGGAGGGCGGCCCCGAGGCGGUGUUCGACGAUAUUGGACGGUGGACGAACGUGAUGAAGAUGGUGAACUAUGUCGCGCAGACGUUUGUGGGAGAUAGCAUUUUGCUCUACCGCUGUUUCGUCGUCUACGACCGCAACUGGUGGGUCGUCGCCUUCCCCAUCCUGCUCUGGCUCGGCACGACCGCCUGCGGCAUAAUGACCUCCUACUCCGAAGCGGCCGUCGGCGUCGGCACGCUCGACCAGUCUGUCAUCAAGCCCUUUAUCACGAGCAUGCUCGUCCUCACCCUCGCCACUAACAUGCUAACCACCGGCCUCAUCGUCCUGCGCAUCUGGAAAGUCGACACGCGCGCGUCGCACUUCCGGCCGACCGCCUCGCACGCCUUGCCGCGCGCGCCGCCCUCGCCCCUCGCGCGCGUCAUGCGCGUGCUCAUCGAGUCCGGGCUCAUCUACACCACGACGAUCCUCGUGCUCUUCGGCACGUACCUCGCGGGCUCGAACGCGAUCCUGGCGCUCUCGAACGCGGUCGUGCAGAUUAUUGGGGUGACGUUUAAUCUUAUUAUUAUUAGUACGGAUCGUGCGCGCCGGCAUGGGGCGGGGACUAGCGGCGCGGGCGGGGGCGGGGAGAGCACGGGGGAGUAUUUGGAGCAUGCGGGCGGGGGCGGGGGCGGGGGAGGAGGGGGGAGGUCGCAUGCGCUGCAGUCGAUCAACCCGACCGUGUCGGCGGGCCUGCCGAUGCAUAUGCUGAAUAUCCACACGGAGGUGUCGGUGCAGCGCCACCGCGACCCGAUACCGGACAGCCGCCGCGGGGGGGAUAUAGAGAUGGAUAUUGCGAGCUCGAUAUCGACGAGCAAGCAGCUGGAGCAGGAGCGCGAGGAGGAGGAGGAGCUGGAGAAGGGGAGGGGGUGGUGA